CCGGAAGUAAACAAGUUGGUUGGUUCACAGGUGACAGGUGAGAACCGAAAGUAAGCGUUUCGUUUCAUUUUCCCCUGCAAGUAGGAAUGUAUUGAGAGAAAAGAUUUGCAUUCCCCUGUUAACUGAAGAGUUGAAGCAAUGUUGUGGGAGUGAUGAUGUAAGAGAUGGGGGGUAAAGCCAGUAGUCUGAUGUGGUGUGACCAGCCCUGCCAAAGGUUCCUCCUACAUCUACAGCUACAAGUUACCUCCCCCUAGUUUUAACUGCAACUGGACUGACCUUCACUACGCAGCUAGUCAUGGAAACAUUUCAAGAAUACAAGAUCUCAUAAACAAAUCAGGAACUAGAAGUCUGAACCAUCAGGACUACUAUGGUAAGACUCCAUUGUAUUGGGCAGCCUAUAAGGGAUACAUGUCCUGUGUGGAAGAACUCCUUAAAUAUGGAGCAUUAGUGAACAUUCACUGUCGGCAUGGAGGGACACCUUUACAUGCUGUGGUCGGACUCUACCCUGAAUGUGCCUUACUACUUAUACAACAUGGUGCUAAUGUAAACCAGGUGGACAAUUGGGGUGUGACACCAAUGUACCUUGCAGCAUCCAGUGGUCAACUGGAGGUCAUCAGGUACCUGUUGGCAGCUGGGGCUAAACCUUCAUUCAAAAACAGGAAGACUGGUGAUAUUCCAAAACAACUGGGUGUUCAUAAGCAGUUCUGUGAUUGGCUAGUGAAGUUAUCAAAGAACCCACCGUCCCUUCAGCAGUUGUGUCGGACCAAGGUCAGAGAGAGGCUUGGCGAGCCAUUGAUGCUCAAGAUGGACACAAUGAACAUGCCAACUAAAAUAAAGGCUUACAUUUCACUGGAGGAGUUCAGCUGGUCUCCAUAAUCUUUAUACGCAUAUUUAUUUUGAUAAUCUUAAUUAAGAGGAGAUUGAUUUUAAUUAUAUCAAUUGCCAGAUAAUCAUACUGUAACUGCUAGGUUUUUUAUUUUAUCUAUACGAAUACUAUACAUGGAAUCUUCCGUCGCAGUGUCACUUUACCCCCAAUUAGCCCUAUUGACAUGAGAAGUCCAACUAAAGUUAAAGGCUAAAAUAAAGUGUAUAAUCAGAUAUUUUUUGCUUGGAUGGUAGUAGUGAUUACAAAUGUAGUUUGUACCUAUAACUAUACUUUGGUAAACACCAUCCAUCUGUUAUAAUUACUACACUGUUGUAUGUUGAUAAUGACCUUUAUUGUGACCUGUUCUGUCUGUCAUUACAUUUCCAGUAUUAUAUUUGUCAACAUUUAUUAUCCUCAAAUGUGAUAUCUUGUUGUCACUGAUGUAUUGAAUUGCUUCUUUGUAAAGUAAAUGUAUGUUUUGGUAUAUUUAGUGAAUAUAUCUACUGGUAUGUUCAAUAUGGUCCUUAAGUACAUGUAAAUCUGUGUUCAGAUAUCAUCCAUAAGUACAUGUAAAUCUGUGUUCGGAUAUCGUCCAUAAGUACAUGUAAAUCUGUGUUCGGAUAUCGUCCAUAAGUACAUGUAAAUCUGUGUUCGGAUAUCGUCCAUAAGUACAUGUAAAUCUGUGUUCGGAUAUCGUCCAUAAGUACAUGUAAAUCUGUGUUCGGAUAUCGUCCAUAAGUACAUGUAAAUCUGUGUUCGGAUAUCGUCCAUAAGUACAUGUAAAUCUGUGUUCGGAUAUCGUCCAUAAGUACAUGUAAAUCUGUGUUCGGAUAUCGUCCAUAAGUACAUGUAAAUCUGUGUUCGGAUAUCGUCCAUAAUUACAUGUAAAUCUGUGUUCGGAUAUCAUCCUUAAGUACAUGUAAAUCUGUGUUCGGAUAUCAUCCAUAAGUACAUGUAAAUCUGUGUUCGGAUAUCGUCCAUAAGUACAUGUAAAUCUUAUAGGUAAGUACAUGUAAAUCUGUGUUCGGAUAUCGUCCAUAAGUACAUGUAAAUCUUAUAGGUAAGUACAUGUAAAUCUGUGUUCAGAUAUCAUCCAUAAGUACAUGUAAAUCUGUGUUCGGAUAUCGUCCAUAAUUACAUGUAAAUCUGUGUUCGGAUAUCAUCCUUAAGUACAUGUAAAUCUGUGUUCGGAUAUCGUCCAUAAUUACAUGUAAAUCUGUGUUCGGAUAUCGUCCAUAAGUACAUGUAAAUCUGUGUUCGGAUAUCGUCCAUAAGUACAUACAUGUAAAUCUGUGUUCGGAUAUCGUCCAUAAGUACAUGUAAAUCUGUGUUCGGAUAUCGUCCAUAAUUACAUGUAAAUCUGUGUUCGGAUAUCAUCCUUAAGUACAUGUAAAUCUGUGUUCGGAUAUCGUCCAUAAGUACAUGUAAAUCUGUGUUCUGAUAUCAUCCAUAAGUACAUGUAAAUCUGUGUUCGGAUAUCGUCCAUAAGUACAUGUAAAUCUGUGUUCGGAUAUCGUCCAUAAGUACAUGUAAAUCUGUGUUCGGAUAUCGUCCAUAAGUACAUGUAAAUCUGUGUUCGAAUAUCGUCCAUAAGUACAUGUAAAUCUGUGUUCAGAUAUCAUCCAUAAGUACAUGUAAAUCUGUGUUCGGAUAUCGUCCAUAAGUACAUGUAAAUCUGUCUUCUGAUAUCUUUCUUGUAAAGGUAACAUCUUAGCUUUAAGGUACAUAUUUCGAAAAUGAACUUCAACCUUUUUAUCAUAAUUUAAAGUUAUCAUAAGUACAAAAAAAUAGAUAUGAAAUGUUCUGAGAUGAAGGCCUUUUCAAGUUUGUUAAAUAAUGUUAGUGUUAACAAUGUCUCUGAUAACUGGUAUUUUAUACCAGAAUGAUAACAUACAAUAGGUCCACAUACUUAUAAUGUAAACUAGUACACCAAACUAAAUACAUGUUGCCAGUACUGAAGUUCUUGUAUUUACAAACAAUGUUAGAUAGCAAUGUGUCUGUGUAAUUGUCAUAAGUAUGUGUGAUAUAUAUAGUCUAUUUUAAAAUUUUAUUUUAAGUAUCCACCAAAAUUAUGUGAAUGUGAAUGCCCGGUAUGCUUAAUAAUUAUACCAUUGUGAUUGUUAUAUGUAAUUGGAAACGAUAGUAACAUUGAUCAUGACACUAUUGUAGAUCUAAAUAAUAUCUGGGUGUUGCAAUAGCUCAGUCUGUUAAGAGUGCCGGCCAAGUAACAUCAGGUAAAAAUAUGAGGUGCAUGGUUCAAUGCUCUCUAAAUGUGUCGGUUUUAGUUUCUCAGGAAGCUAAUAAAUGUGUUGGUUUUAGUUUCUCAGGAAGCUAAUAAAUGUGUUGGUUUUAGUUUCUCAGGAAGCUAAUAAAUGUGUUGGUUUUAGUUUCUCAGGAAGCUAAUAAAUGUGUUGGUUUUAGUUUCUCAGGAAGCUAAUAAAUACGCCUUUUUGUGCUGUCGUGGUUCUGUUCUUGGGUUAGACAAUUUACUGUACAUUGGUCUGGCUGUUCAAGGGACGAUAAACCUAUCAAUUAAACAGA